UUUCGUGUGUAUCAUACAAAUCAGAUUUAGAGAAUAAUCAGUUGACAACGUCGCGUUAAUAAUGAUGAUGAUACAAUUAUUAUUCUUAGUUCCCUUAAUCGCUGUUGAUUAUGGCGCAUCAAUGAAAAUUUCACCAAGAAUUGUUGGGGGGAGACCUGCCAAUCCAGGUGAAAUUCCGUACCAGGUUUCUCUGCAAAUGAAAAUUGAUAGAAUUGACCAACAUGUCUGCGGUGGAGUCAUAAUUAACAAGAAUUACGUGCUCACCGCUGCUCACUGUGUUCCUCUGAGUGGAAACACUUUGAGUAUGUCAGUCGUUGCGGGAACAAUAAAUCUAAAAACACCGCUUUCAAGGCAUCUGAUUCAGUCCAUUUUCGUACACGAAAAGUACAUGCCCCCUUUGACCUGUGAUAUCGCUUUACUUAAGCUUGAAAAUCCAUUAAACUUUUCUUCUUGGAUAAAUUCCAUCGAUUUACCGAAACAAAAUCAAACUGUCAUGGCAGGCUCGAUAGCAAAAGUAUCGGGAUUCGGUGUAAUAUCUUCUGAAGGAAAGGAUGCCGAAGGACGAUUAUACGUUGUAGACAAUAUCAUAACUCAUGAGACUUAUUGUAAAGAAAAGUAUGAUACAGCAGCAAAUAUAACCAUUGAACAUCGGCAUAUCUGCGCAAAUCAUCCAAUCGUUCAAAAGGGUGCAUGCAUGGGUGAUUCCGGUGGCCCUCUUACUGUCAAUGGAGUACUCGUAGGACUCGUCUCGUUUGGGCCUGCGCCUUGCACUAACACAGAAUAUCCCACCGUGUUUACACGCGUCCUGUCGCACAUCGAUUGGAUAAAUGAGCAAAUGUAAAAGAUUUAGUUGCAGCAGUCAAUUUUUGAUUGUGUUAGCCUAUCCACAAUGUUAGUACAGAAAAUAUGA